AUGGCAUCAAAGACAGUGAAACUAAAUAACGGCAAAGAGUUUCCUUUGGUAGGGUUGGGCACCUGGAAGGCACCCGAGGGACAGGUGUACGAAGCCGUCAAAGUGGCCAUCGAUGCCGGCUAUCGACACAUCGACUGUGCCUUCGCUUAUGGCAACGAAGCAGAGGUGGGAAGAGCUCUGAAUGAGGCCAUCAGUGGCGGUAAAGUGAAGAGAGAGGAGCUCUUCAUUACCAGCAAAUUGUGGAACACUUACCACAAGAGGGAAAGGGUUGGCCUCUGUCUGGACAUCACUCUCAAGGCAUUGGGUCUCCAAUACCUUGACUUAUAUCUAAUCCAUUGGCCGCUUGGCUAUGAAGAAGGAGACGAGAAGUUCCCGAAGAAUGAAAAGGGAGAGGUUUUGGUCAGUGAUAUCGACUACUUGGAGACAUAUCUGGGUUUAGAAGAUCUGCUGAAGACCUCGAAAGUCAAGUCCAUCGGUGUCUCAAACUUUAAUUCACAGCAAAUCGAUCGCAUCCUUAAGGAGGCGAAUGUGAAACCUGUUGUCAAUCAAGUCGAAUGUCAUCCAUAUCUGAAUCAAUCAAAACUGAUUGAUUUCUGUCGCCAAAGAGAUAUUGUGGUCACAGCGUACAGUCCAUUGGGUUCACCGGACAGGCCGUGGGCUAAGCCGGACGACCCGUCGCUGUUAGAAGAGCCCAAAAUCAAAGAGAUCGCUAAGAAGUAUAACAAAAGCAGUGCUCAGAUAUUGAUCCGGUUUCAAGUGGAACGUGGAGUUGCCGUCAUUCCCAAGAGUGUCACAAAAGACAGGAUUAUCUCCAAUAUCAAUGUCUUCGACUUUCAAUUGACUCCCGAAGACUUGAAGGCUAUCGAGAGCUUCGAUCGGGGAAAUGAGGGUCGGAUCAUACACUUGGGUUGGAACGGACCCAUUGUUGUCAACCAUAAGUACUUCCCCUUUAAUAUCCCCUUCUAA